UAAAAUUUAAACAAUAAUUUAGAAAAUGAAAAUAGUGAUCAUUGAAUUUGAGAGAGCUGACUUCGGUAGAAUUUCAAGAUUGAGAUCCGUUUAGAGAGAGAAACAAACCCCCAUUUCAGUUAUUUGGCUAUGUGACAAUGGCUACGGCGCUAAAAUUUCCAUCUUUAUUGGUGGCGGUGGUUGCGGUGGCGGCGGCGAUCCUGUCGAUGAGCGGCGGAGAUGCCCAGGAAUCGGAGGCGGUGGCUGGAACGGCGCCGUACAGGAUCCACACACUGUUCUCGGUGGAGUGUCAGAAUUACUUCGAUUGGCAAACGGUGGGCCUCGUGCACAGCUUCCGCAAAGCCCAUCAGCCCGGCCCGAUUACCCGUCUGCUCAGCUGCACUGAUGAACAGAAGAAGAAUUACGGUGGCAUGGAUUUGGCGCCAACGCUCGAGGUCCCUUCAAUGAGUCUGCACCCCAAGACUGGUGAUUGGUAUCCAGCAAUUAAUAAACCGGCGGGUAUUGUGCAUUGGCUUAAACAUAGUAAAGAUGCCGAGAACGUUGAUUGGGUAGUUAUUCUCGAUGCGGAUAUGAUUAUUCGAGGUCCGAUUAUACCAUGGGAGCUUGGAGCAGAGAAAGGCAAACCCGUUGCUGCUUAUUACGGGUACUUGGUGGGCUGCGAUAAUAUUCUUGCUAAACUGCACACGAAGCAUCCGGAAAUAUGCGACAAAGUUGGUGGGCUUUUAGCAAUGCAUAUCGACGAUCUUCGAGCUUUGGCGCCUAUGUGGCUAUCAAAAACCGAAGAAGUUAGGGCGGAUAAAGAUCAUUGGCCUACUAAUUACACCGGUGAUAUAUAUGGAAUGGGCUGGAUUAGUGAAAUGUACGGAUACUCGUUUGGUGCAGCUGAGGUGGGGCUUCGCCACAAAAUAACCGAUAAUUUAAUGAUAUAUCCCGGCUAUAUCCCACGAGAGGGCGUGGAGCCGAUUCUCAUGCAUUAUGGCUUAACGUUUAGCAUCGGAAAUUGGUCCUUCAGUAAAUUACAACACCACGAGGACAAUAUCGUCUACGAUUGUGGCCGACUUUUUCCCGAACCUCCUUAUCCUAGAGAGCUGACUGCAAUAGAAAGCGAUCCAAACAAAAGGAGAGCACUGUUUCUAGACAUAGAAUGUAUGAACACUCUAAACGAAGGUCUAUUAUUACAUCACGCGGCACGCGGUUGCCCUAAACCGAAGUGGUCGAAAUAUUUGAGUUUUUUGAAGAGCAAUAAAUUCGCUGAAUUAACUCGCCCCAAAAAAUUGACCCCCAAAAGCCGUCAAAUGAUGGAAGUUGUAGUGAAGCAGCAGAAGCAAGAAGUUGCUGAGCUGGAUAAGCAGAAGCAGAAGCAGGAGCAAGAAGCUGCUGAGCUGGCAAAACAGAAGCAGAAGCAGGAGCAAGAAGCUGCUGAGCUGGCAAAGCAGAAGCAGAAGCAGGAGCAAGAAGCUGCUGAGCUGGCAAAGCCGCACCCGAAAAUACACACGCUUUUCUCGACAGAAUGCACGCCCUACUUCGACUGGCAAACAGUGGGGCUUGUACACAGCUUCCACAAGAGCGGACAGCCUGGCGAAAUAACGAGGCUGCUGAGCUGUACAGACGAGGACUUAAACAGUUACAAAGGGCACGAUUUAGCCCCGACUCAUUAUGUACCGUCCAUGAGUCGACAUCCAUUAACGGGAGACUGGUAUCCUGCAAUUAAUAAACCGGCUGCGGUUCUUCAUUGGAUGAACCAUGUGAAAACCGACGCAGAAUAUAUAGUGAUAUUGGAUGCUGAUAUGAUUAUGAGAGGACCGAUUACGCCAUGGGAGUUCAAUGCGGAUAAGGGUCGACCCGUUUCCACUCCCUAUGAUUACUUGAUUGGCUGCGACAACGAGCUGGCGAAAGCACACACUCGCCACCCGGAAGCUUGUGACAAAGUAGGAGGUGUGAUAAUAAUGCAUGUAAGGGAUCUCAAGAGAUUUGCGCUUCUUUGGCUCCACAAAACCGAGGAAGUUCGAGCUGAUGUGGGCCAUUGGUCCAAAGACAUAACCGGAGAUAUUUACGAAGCUGGUUGGAUUAGCGAAAUGUACGGUUACUCCUUUGCUGCGGCAGAGAUGAAUUUGCGGCACGUUAUAAGCAAAGAUAUGUUGAUAUACCCGGGGUAUAAUCCCGUGCCCGGUGUGAACUAUAGAGUGUUUCACUACGGCUUGGAAUUUAGGGUUGGUAAUUGGAACUUCGACAAAGCUAAGUGGAGACGCAUGGAUAUCGUCAACAAAUGUUGGGCCAAGUUUCCCGACCCGCCCGACCCGUCGACGUUAAAACGGGCCGACGAGGAUUCAUUCCAACGCGAUUUGCUCAGCAUAGAGUGCGGAAAAGCUUUAAACGAAGCUUUACAAAGUCACUACGAAAGACGAAAAUGCCCCGACCCAAAUACGUUGUCCAAUCCCGUUCGAGAACAAGCCAAACCCGCCCCUAAUCCUCCUUCCUUAUCCCCUCCGAUUCGGAAAAAGACCCCCGAAAUUACUUCUUUGCCCCCGCCGGACCGUGGCCCCCUCAAUGAAAUAACUGCCUCGAGGAAAAUUGGAAAGAUCGAUGAUGUGGAUGAUGCUUUGACGCAUGAAGACGUGGCGGUGAAGAACGAAUCUCGAGAAAUAACGCCGCCAAUAGAAACCAACGAAAAUCAAACGUUCGGUUUUAUGAGAUUUUGGAUAAUUGGGCUUUGGGGGUUCUCGAUUCUGUCCUUUUUUGUGGUGAUGGCUAUGAUGAUUUCGAGGCAGAAGGGGCAGAGGAAACGGAUUUUCAUCUCUCAAGUGUGGAAUGACGAUUUUGCCCCUCCAUUGUUGCCUCGGGAUCCUUACCAGAGAGCUCAAACGCGUUUCUGGGCUAAAUUUGCUGAUCAAAAGGGCCGAAUUUAA